AAAUGGCGGGUUUUUCGCGGCAAAAGUAUCUCUAGCGAUGGCUCUGAAAUGCUGGGAAAAAAAUGGCCAAAAGCAAGUAUGAGUACGUAAGAAAGUUUGAGCAGAACGAUCAAUGCCUCUUGAACUGCUGGAUUGUCAUUCGAAUCGAUGGAAGGAAUUUUCACCGGUUUUCUGAUGAACAUGGUUUUGAAAAACCAAACGAUCUGAGAGCAUUGCAGCUUAUGAAUAAAUGCGCUGAAACAGUGAUGAAAGAAUUCACCGACAUUGUGAUUGCAUAUGGACAAAGUGAUGAAUACAGUUUAGUAUUUAAAAGAAGUACAACACAGUUCAGCAGAAGAGCAAGCAAGCUGGUAACGAAUGUUGUGUCACUGUUUUCCUCUUCUUAUGUGUUUUAUUGGAGCCAAUUUUUCUCUUCUCGAGAGCUUCUCUAUCCACCAAUGUUUGAUGGACGAGUUGUUCUCUAUCCAAACGAGAAGAACUUGAGAGACUAUAUGAGCUGGAGACAAGCAGAUUGUCACAUUAACAACCUUUAUAACACAUGCUUCUGGUGUCUGGUGCAACAGUCAGGUCUUACAGCAGACCAAGCUGAGGAGAGACUUAAUGGCACAGUAUCCAGUGACAAGAAUGAAAUCUUAUUCUCUCAAUUCAACAUCAACUACAACAACCUGCGUCAGAUGUACAGAAAAGGAUCAGUUCUUGUCUGGGAGAAGACUGUUGCUGUUGACAACACAGCUGAAGGAGGUAGUGUUAGAAAAUCAACGAGACAGAUUGUAAUCCAUCAUACUGACAUUAUAGGUGAUGUGUUUUGGAAUGAACAUCCAGAAAUUCUGGACAGUUGAGAAAUGGUCAGCUUGCAGUGAUGGUUGUGCCUGACCAAAAGUAAACAUAAGAACCACUUUGCUGUUUAACAAUUAGACCCGUAGCCCUUGCAGGCAACAGGUCAAUUGCCCAUGAGGCAAAGGCGAGAGGGCGAAGGGUCUAAUUAUUUUAGUAUCACCCAACUAGUGGGACAGAAAAGGCAAUAAUAAAGUUAGCAAAUGCAAGUUGAAGAAAUAUUUAUUUGGGAAUAAAAUGCAAGAAAGCGUCAUGCUUGACUGCGCCAAUUUCGCUACUCGAGGACUAUUACUAAUAGUCCUCUAGUAGCGCAGCCAAUUAAAAUGCAGGAUUUGCAUUAGUCCACUAGUUGGGUGAUACUAAUAAUAGUUAUUUUAUUUGGGAUCCAGAUGCCCAAUAGUCAACUGUAUUGACUCCAUGUACAGGGUAGUCAGAAGUAACUGGCUCCUCAGCCAGGCUUUUUUUCUAAAUUCUUUUGAAAAGAUCGCAAAAUUGGCACCUACUCCAACUAUAAAGCUGCCUACUUUGGCAACCCUGCAUGUACAUGGAAAACUGACAUUGAAAAUAUUAGAAAUCGAAUAAAAGAAACAAGCAACUCAACUUUUCACCUGUAUAUUUAUUUAUAAAAAGCAUUGUCAAUAAGGUUAUAAGUAACAACAUAUAAAAAACCAAAGAAACUGCCAAUUCUACUUAUGCCAUCUUAAACAGCAGCAUGUGUCAGAGUGAAAUAUUAAACAUGAACAGAGGGUCAAUGAUGCAAAAGAACCUUAGAAA